AUGAAUCGCCAAGCAUGGAACUCGUUUGAGCAGGCGCGCAAUACUAUUCUACAAAACAAUAUACCUGUUGAUUAUAAUCUCCUAUGCGAUACUGAUGUGAUUUUUUUCGGCGACCAACACUCGAAUCAACCUAUUCGCGACCACCUUUGUGCUCACGCUGCAUCCCUAAAAAGCGCUGGCAUUACACAUUUCGCCGUUGAAGCACCUACUUUGGAAGAUGUCCCAAUGAGUGACAUUCUUCUUUGUCGCACCCUAGCAAAGAACCGCAUUUCAGUUCUCCCAGUGGACAUUGAUCAGUCUUCAGGCCCUACUGGCGAGGAGAGAGAAGCUUUCAUAUUCAACGCCCUAUCGAAAAUCCUCCGAAGCGGGUCGAUUGUCAAAGUUGCGGUGCUCAUUGGAAGCUUUCACAUGUCGAAGAAAAAAAUACUUACCCCACGCAUCUUAUCAACCGCCACUCGGAUUGAGUCCGCUGGCUUCUCUACAAGGCGACUUAUGUUUUGCGGUGGGUAUAACCGAAUCCCUACCAUCUUCACAGAACCUGCGCGCCUCGCAGGCCUGGGCCAGAAAGAAUUUGCAUUUGACGCAAGACCUUAUGGCGAGGAUGGUCCUUUCGGUGGGGAUGCAGAUUUCAUAAUACACCUUGCCCAAAGCCCGUGA